AUGCCUCCAGCCUCUUAUUGUAUCAAACAGUUCAAACAUGCAGAACGUGUUGAACCUGAUCCCAAUUCCAACCUUUCUGAAGAUAGUCUUGCUGUACUCUAUGACAUUGUGUGGAAGAAUCAAGAUGAGGGUGCUCUGUUGUUUCACAAAGAGCCUGUGCAACGUGACGAGAGUAGGCUGAAGAACGUCGAAGUCCCAGAGUACAUGACCGUCUUAAAAUGGGAAGGCAGCGCGUCUUUUCUUGACGGACAUGGGGUAACAGGGAUCCUGGUCAGGGGCACAUAUUGUCGGUCGUUGUGGGCAAUCGAGUCUGCUCUGUGGCCGCAGAGGGAUACAACCAUGGAUGUUGACUCGGACACACAAUACAACCCCUUCAAGACUAAUGCGACAUUUUCGAAAUCAGAAAGUGUGGAGGGUAUAAUAGUGUCUGGUGGACCUGGUAUUGGAAAGACCCUGUUUAUGGUCUAUGUUCUUGCACUCUGCCUCCUUGCUCGUCAACCUGUUGUCUGGCAGACGGAUUCGAAUCACGUACUUGUGUUUGUCGAGGAAGGAGUCUUUUUAUGUCCGCUGCACUGGAAUCUGCCACGGUACAUUCCAGCCGAGGCUUUCUACCUAAUUGACUGCAAUCGGAAUUGCUCUGGUGGUCCUGAUCACAAUCUUAUUACCAGCCUCAUCAAAUCUGGGAAGGGCAAGCUCCUAUAUUUCGCAUCCCUUCGUUACCAAAACAUGGAGUUUACCGGGAAGGAGCCAUUAGAGGUACAAACACUAUUCAUGGAACAGUGUACUCCAGAAGAUCUCGUCUGUUGCCGACUCCUGUGGGACAAAGCGGUCUCAGAACAGCAGAUUGAAGCGUUUAUUAAGCUUUAUGGCUGCUCUGCACGGAAUACGUAUUUAUAUGCCAGAAAAUUGGCACAGUUUGAAGCGAGGAUCGACUAUCCCCUCAACAAACAGGUACUAUUUGAUGCUCUUGCUCAGACAUCGGCCGCUUUGAAAUCGCCCAGCAAGGAAGACCGCGAUUCGCAUGAUAUAUUCUAUAUCGAACCCGACACUACAGAUCCAUGGACCUACACAAUAAAGAUACACACCAGACAUAUAUAUGAUGUGCUCAUGCAACGUUUGAGGACACUCGAGCGGCGAGCCGCUGCGGACCUGUUCAGAAUGUUCUGCAGCAAUGCAAAGUCAAGAGCUUGUGCUGGAUUCAUAAUUGAAGACUGGGCCAUUGGCAGACUUCGGCAAGGUGGUGAAUGGCGCUUGAAUACCAUGGAGGUAUCAGCAAGGAGGAAAAAAAACUCACAUUGGCGUGAUGUUGGAAACGGCGACGAAUGCGUUGAUACUCCAAGUUUCUACCCAAUCGACAAAUUCUCUUAUAAUUCCAGUGAUGAUGGCAAGUCUGAGGCACUCCCGAAGGCAGAUGGCAUUGGCAUACCUGUGAAGGCAAAUCAACCCACUUUUGAUCUGUUUGUCUGGCUUGCAGACGAGAAGCGAGCGAUUAUGGUUCAAGUGACCGUGUCUCCAAGCCACAGCAUUGUCAAGGAGGGUUUGGCGCAGCUAAAGAAGGCUGGUGCAGAGCAUCUCGACCUUAUUGUGGUGACGCCUGCGUUGCAGGGAGAAAGCAUGGAUGUUUAUACAGACAAGGACGACGAAAGCAUGCUAGAACAUGUAUAUCAUCUUACCGUGACUGAUGGAGACAUGGAAGAGAUUCCCGAAGCCGUUGUCAAUUUGUAG